AUUAACUGCUGCACUGACAUUUAGCAUGGCAACCGCCGUUAAACGUUAUCGAAGAAGAACAUUUAGUAUGAAUGGAAACUGGAUGCGAAUGAGCUUGCUAUCAUUUUGAGUGGACCGGUGAAUGCUAGUCAAUUUAAUCUGGGGAUAUAAACCAUACUAAGUUAUUUAAAUAUAAACAGUUGUAUCUUCUGGUUAAAGACUGGAAGGCGUGUGAACGGGCGGCUGUUCAACCAGUGAGUCCAACUAGCAACACAUGCUAGCUUGCUAACUUUAAAUAGAGACCAAGGCCAGAAUAAAGAUGGAAACAAUACUUAACCUACCAAUCGAAAAUAAGAUAUUUUAUGCUGUUCUGGUGUUCUCAUGGACGGUGUAUCUAUGGGAGGCCUACCUUGCCUACAGACAGCGGAGAAUAUACAGGUUGACCAUGCACGUACCACAAGAGUUGGGAAAGAUCAUGGACACAGACACCUUUGAGAAGUCACGCCUUUAUCAACUGGACAAGAGCAACUUCAGUUUCUGGUCUGGACUGUAUUCAGAAACUGAGGGGACGCUGAUCCUGCUGUUUGGCGGAAUCCCUUUCGUUUGGAAAGUUGCUGGGACAGUGACUGCUCGUUUUGGAUUUGGUCCAGAGUAUGAGAUCUUCCAGUCUCUUUCGUUUCUGAUACUAGCAACCCUGUUCAGUGCAUUCACUGGUCUUCCCUGGAGUAUCUACAACACCUUUGUUAUUGAGGAGAAGCAUGGAUUCAACCAGCAGACACUGGGGUUCUUCCUAAAGGAUGCUGUAAAGAAGUUUAUUGUGACCCAGUGUAUCUUGUUGCCUGUGACCUCACUGCUCCUCUACAUCAUCAAGAUUGGUGGAGACUUCUUCUUCAUCUACGCCUGGCUCUUCACACUGGGUGUCUCGCUUGUUCUGGUGACCAUCUAUGCGGACUACAUUGCGCCCCUAUUUGACAAGUUCACCCCUUUGCCAGAGGGUGAGCUGAAGGAAGAGAUUGAAACCAUGUCGAAGUCUAUCAGUUUCCCUCUCACUAAGGUCUAUGUUGUAGAAGGUUCCAAGCGUUCCUCUCACAGUAACGCUUACUUCUAUGGGUUCUUCAAGAACAAGCGCAUAGUGUUGUUCGACACCCUACUGGAGGACUACUCUCCCCUCAACAAGGAUGGCGAGCCAGAGACUGACACACUAACCGAGGACAAAUCCAAGCUCAAGAACAAGAAGCAAGGCUGCAACAAUCCAGAGGUCUUGGCGGUGUUGGGCCACGAGCUGGGCCAUUGGAAGUUGGGCCACACUGUGAAAAACAUAGUAAUCAGUCAGAUGAACUCCUUCCUGUGCUUCUUCCUCUUUGCUGUGCUAAUUGGACAGAAGGAGCUGUUCAUGGCCUUUGGUUUCUAUAACAGCCAGCCCACUUUGAUUGGGUUGAUGAUCAUAUUCCAGUUCAUCUUCUCCCCAUACAAUGAGGUCCUGUCCUUCUGUCUGACUGUCCUGAGCCGCAGGUUUGAGUUCCAGGCGGACUCCUUUGCGCGGGGCAUGGGUCGAGCCUCGGAGCUCUGCUCUGCACUCAUCAAGCUCAACAAAGACAACCUGGGCUUCCCUGUGGCUGACUGGCUCUUUUCCAUGUGGCACUACUCCCACCCUCCCCUCCUGGAGCGCCUACGGGCCCUGGGAAGCACCAAGCAGGACUGACGAGUCCCAAAAGGAGAGCCACGCCCGCUGCCUCUCCCAAAGGGUUUCCACAUGCCUCUUCUGGCACUCUGAUGUAGUCUCCCUUAUUUUCCUCUCUGUUUCCCUAUUUUUGUUCUCCUUUAUCCUUGCCAUUAUGUUCCUUUUUUGGUUCAAUUUUCUUCCCAGUUUCAAACUUGCACAAUACCAAAAGUUUUCAGAAAUCUAGUGUGAGACCAGAUCUAUCAGCUAUGCUUAUUCUAGGUGUAAUGGAGUUAAGAAUGUCAAGCUAGCUGUGAGCUUAUGGUACAUGUUGCCGAUGGAACUAUCGAUUUAUACGUUUUCCUGAUAGCUCAAACGGUUGGUAAGUUGUCAAGGAGAGCGGUCACGUGUGCUAGCCAGGCAUAGGUCCUGAGUUCGAGCUCAGUGCGAGCCGAAUCGGGAGCAACCUGUACUCACUAAGCAAGCAGCGUGACGUCCGUAACAUAGGCAAACAUGAACAUGCAAUACCAUUGUGGGCAUAAAUAAUUACCUGAACAUUUUUAGUUUAAGCACUUGCCACUAGUACAGGUUACAUUGAUCAAGGAUUUCUCAUAUUUCAGCAAGGUUUACAUUUUUACUGAAGUUUUAUUUGAAUUUCAUUUACUCCCCUAAGAAUUUGUAAUUCCAAAUGUUUUCUCAUAAAACCUUGUUGUACAGUAGUGGAACUAUCCCUGGCCAGUAGGGGUGGAACUAUCCCUGGCCAGUAGGGGUGGAACUAUCCCUGGCCAGUAGGGGUGGAACUAUCCCUGGCCAGUAGGGGUGGAACUAUCCCUGGCCAGUAGGGGUGGAACUAUCCCUGGCCAGUAGGGGUGGAACUAUCCCUGGCCAGUAGGGGUGGAACUAUCCCUGGCCAGUAGGGGUGGAACUAUCCCUGGCCAGUAGGGGUGGAACUAUCCCUGGCCAGUAGGGGUGGAACUAUCCCUGGCCAGUAGGGGUGGAACUAUCCCUGGCCAGUAGGGGUGGAACUAUCCCUGGCCAGUAGGGGUGGAACUAUCCCUGGCCAGUAGGGGUGGAACUAUCCCUAUCCAAUCCAUUUUAGGGGGGGGGGUUGAGAAAAAAAUAUCAGGAGUGUCAAUAGGAUGUACAGCGACUGGGCCAUCAAUUUAUUAUUAGUAGUAUAUCCUGCUGGUCGAUUGGCUCCAUCUACAACUGUUUAUUAUGAGAGGUGUGUGUGAACACUAGAACUUUAAAAGAUGCACACCAUUUCAGAUUUAGUCAAGACUAUGCUUAAGAUGGAUCGUUGUUGAAGUUAUACAGGUAACUGCCAAAGUAAUGAAACACUUGAGGAAAUUAGGGAUACAAAGUAUAUUGAAAGCACGUGCUUCCACACUGGUGUGGUUUCUAAGUUAAUUAAGCAAUUAACAUCCCAUCAUGCUUAGGGUCAUGUAUAAAAACCAUGACAAUGCCCCAUAGGAUGACGAUGCCCCUAUCCACAGGGCAUGAGUGGUCAAAUAAAAUUAUAUUUGACACAUGCGCCGAAUACAAUAGGUGUAGACGUUACCAUGAAAUGCUUAUUUACAAGCCCUUAACCAACAAUGCAGAGUAAGAGGGGGGGACAAUGCAAAUAGUCUGGGUA